UGUGGGGACGUCUCUGUGUCAGCGCUCCAGGCCAUCCCUCCCUAACUCUGACCAACCCUCCCAUCGCUGUGACCUCGCCCCCGGAACAAAGGUCAUGAGCCUGUGCGGGGCGUGACACUGGGGCGGGGCACGUCUUUUGUUCGCCCAGUGUAUCAUUUGAAACUUCGAAACUGCAGUGAAGCUUCGAAAAACACGUUUGAAUCUUGACUUUGAAGCAGUUUGGGAAGAUCUUCAUUUUUGUUUUAUUUUUCUCUUUUUUUCCUCAUUUUUUUCUUCGUUUUUUUUCAUUUUUCUUCUCCUCUUCCUCCUCUUCUUUCACCUCCUCUUCCUCUUGUGUGCGUAUUUGAAUCGUGUGCGUUUCUGUGUACGGCAGCCAGAAUGCAGGGCGUAUGUACGUGUCCGUGUGUACGUGAGACAUUCCACUACGUACACAGACCCAAGGAUUGACUUUCGUGUACGUGAAAUAAAAUAAAAUAAAAACAGUCACACGCACACACAUGAACGUAAACAAGUAGACACAACCGACUUUUUGUGUACGUAAGAAAAACAGUCACAAACGUACAUGAACGGAGGGAGUGACGGAUAAACACGCACAUGGCUUCCCACGCACACGCACACACACGCACACGGACAAAGCCACCGCCGAGACGCACACAAGAACGACUUUAAACGCACAUAAAGAAAGAAAAAAAACUAACUAAAAAAAACAGAAAAUAUACAUGAAGAAAGUGAAAGGAAAACGUGAAGUGGACCUGUUUUGAGGGAGAAACAAAGAGGAAGGAAGAGGAGGAAGAGGAGGAGAAGGAGGAGGAGACAAUCAAACAAUGCACAUGGCUGAAUGGAGAGGAGGAGGAGGAGAUGGAGGAGAAGGAGGAGGAGGAAACAGUGAACUUGGAGGAAUCGGAGAAGUCGGAGGGGGAGUGGUAGGAGUAGUUGGACUUGAAGAAGGAGGAGGAGGAGGAGGAGAAGGAGGAGGAGGCACCAUGGACCAGACCACAAUGAACCUUCAAUCCCUAACUCUUUUAAACCUCGCGAACUUGAACCUGGACGCCGCGAACCUCUCUGGCUACCUCACGCACAACCUCUCCAACUUGCUGAACCUCACACGCGACUUCGACUUCAGCUUCGUGCACAAGUUCGAGAGCAACCGCAGAGUGAGCGAGGCGGCUUUCGCGUCCCUACUGACCGCGUACGGGCUUCUAAUCGUCUUGGGCGCCGCUGGGAACUCUCUGGUGGUUCUUGCGGUCGUUCGAAAACCAGCGAUGCGAACGGCGCGGAACGUCUUCAUCAUCAAUUUGGCGAUAUCGGAUCUUCUUCUGUGCCUGGUGACGAUGCCUCUGACCCUGAUGGAGCUCCUGACGCAGUACUGGCCACUCGGAGACACCCCUUUCGUCUGCCGGCUCGUGGGCACUCUGCAAGCCACGUCGAUCUUCGUGUCCACCAUCUCCAUCACAGCCAUUGCGUUGGAUAGAUAUCAUGUCAUCGUGUACCCCACCAAGUCCUCCAUGCAGAAGGUCGGGGCGGUGGGCAGCCUGCUAGUGGUGUGGGUCCUUGCCUUCCUGCUCGCCCUGCCCAACUUCCUGUGGCGCAGACUGGAUCACCACAGCGUCAACCUCCCGGGGAUCGAAGUGGUGAGUUUCUGCUUCGAGGACUGGCCCUUCAGCCACGGCCGCGCCUACUACAGCAUCGCGGUGAUCGUCGUGCAGUACUGCCUCCCCAUCCUCACCGUCUCCGUCGCCCACGCCAGGAUAUGCACGAAGUUGAAGUAUAGGAUGUCCAACGCCCCUAGCCGAGCCUCCAGAACCAGGAAGGAGGAUGUGAGGAUGCGGAAAACUAACACCCUCCUCGUCGCUAUCGCCCUAAUCUUCUGUCUCUCCUGGAUGCCUUUAAACUUAUACAACGUGAUCGUCGACCUCCAUAACCCAUUCGGGGAUAACACAGAGCUGAUGCUGGUGGUCUACGCCGUCUGUCACAUGGUCGGGAUGUCCUCCGCUUGCUCGAAUCCUCUCCUCUACGGCUGGCUCAACGACAACUUCAGAAAGGAGUUCAUGGAGGUGUUUGAUAUCCUGUGCCCUUGCUGUGGGAUCGGGGCGGCGCGGAACAGGAUGGGGAGCGUUAGGACGAGUCGAGGGGGCCCCACGGUGAAGGAUAGCCUGACGGGACCCCAGCACCACCACCCCGUUGUUCUGUACACCAAGGCGGCGGAGGAGCAGACGUCCAACGGAGUGUCCAUGGACCUUCAGGAGCACGAGAUGACCUUUAUUUCGCAGGUGGUGACGACGACGACGCUGUAGAUCGAGAACAAGAGAGAAAACGUGACGUGAGAGAGAAGAAGAAGCGUGACUCCAAAAAAAAUAUUAUUAUUAUUAUUAUUAUUAUUAUUAUUAUUAUUAUUAUUAUU